UCUAAUUUUUCCGAAAAACACUCAACAAUUGAGUAUUAUUUUUAGAUUAUUGAUACAUAAUGUCAGUAAAAAAUGUUAAAAUAAUUGAUGUAUUACUGAUCAAAUGUUACGAUAAAUAAUCGUAGUUCUCAUAAUUAUAAUUCAUUGCUCAACUUACCACUAUUUCAAACGACAGGUCGUUUUUCUUUAUCAAAAUAUUCAACAUGUCUGCCUGUUAGCGUCUUUGGUGAUCUAUUGUUUAUAAAUGCAUCAAGUUCCAGAAAAGCUUAAAAACUUAGCUUACUGUUAUUUGCAAUAAUUAAUAAUGCAAUUAUUAUAAAUAGCAUUUGAAUAAAUCUAGAUUGGAGACAUGACUGAGGCUCAACUUUGCCGUCUUUGUGCUGAAUCUAAACCUGAUGUAAUUGGGAUUUAUGAUUCUGAAGGCCAGAAACUUAAUAUUCAAGCGAAAGUUGCUAAAUAUCUCCAUAUUGAGAUUACUUCUACCGAUGAUCUUCCUCAUUCAGUUUGCAUUGGUUGUUGUGUACUUUUAAAUCAAUGUAGUGAAUUUUACGAACAAACUAAUGAAGCACAAAAAUCACUUAGACAGUUAAUUUUAGAGCCCAAAUAUAAAACUGAAAGUAUCAAGCCAACAGAAACAAACACAAAUCUUGAAAUAACAACUGUCAACAAUUUAAAGACAGAAUCAUUUGAACUGUCAGACCACAAUUAUGUUACAGGACCUGCGACAGAAGCAAAUGAUAGUUUUUGUUAUGAUGAUAAUAAUGACAGUAAUUGUUCCAAAUCUAGUGAAGAUGAUAUGACAAGAGCAAAAAAGAAAUCUCUUAAAAAAACUUUAGGUAAACAAUCUAAGAAAAAAGUAAAAAGAAAAAAUACAAAAAAAGUAUCCCAAGUUGAUACUUCAGAUGCUGAAGCUGAUGUAAUAAUAAAUUCGAAAAAUAAUACGAAAAUUCCUGAUAACUACAUGACUGGUACAGAUUCAGAUAAAGAAAUAAUCGAAGCAAAAACUGAAGAAUCCUCAAAAAAUGUAAAUAAAACUACAGAGAAUAUGAAAAGGUAUCCCUGGUUAUGUACCGAUUGUAAUGAUAAAUUGCCAAGUUUAGAGAUGCUUGAAAAACAUCAUCAGACUGUUCAUAAUCAACAAGCCAAGUAUAUGUGUGUUCAAUGUUGUAAGGUUUAUGAUAAAUAUUAUGGCUUUCUUACUCAUGUAAAGAGACAUAAGAAUAAAUCGAAAUUUACGUGCGAUGAUUGUGGUAAAUCAUUUGUACAUAAAAAAGUUCUUGAUUCUCAUCGAAUAAUACACAGUGAAGAACGUCCUCAUGUUUGUCAAACUUGUGGUAAAGCUUUUAGACAACAAAGUGCUUUAUAUAUUCAUAGCCGAUGUCACCUACCAGAAACUAUGAAAAAUAGAUUUCCGUGUGAUCAGUGUGAUAAAAGAUUUUCUACAAAACCGAAUCUCGUAACUCACAAACGAAUUCAUUCUGGUGUGAGAAAUUUCACAUGUGACCAAUGUGGAAAAAGCUUUAUUCAAAAAGGAAAUCUUGAAGCUCACUUUUUAACUCAUUCAGCAGAUAAACCAUACAAUUGUUCACAGUGUCCAAAAGCUUUUAAAACUCCAUUACAGUUGAAAAAACAUGAAACUGUUCAUACAGGAGCUAAACCUCAUCAAUGUGCGGUAUGUGGAAGAACUUUCCGCGAAAAAGGAACGUUAAGAGAACAUCAUAGGAUACAUACAGGAGCAAUGCCAUUUACUUGUGAAUUUUGUGGUAAAUGUUUCCGAUUUAAAGGCAUUUUAACAACUCAUCGACGUCAACAUACUGGAGAACGACCUUACAGCUGUCUAGAGUGUCAGCAUCAUUUUACAAAUUGGCCGAAUUAUAAUAAACAUAUGAAAAGAAGACAUGGAAUUAAUACAUCACAUACUAAGCAUCUUCAACAACCUCAACAACAACAACAACAACAACAACAACAACAACAGCAACCACCACCACUACCACCACCUUCACAAAAUCCAGAAACAUUACAAAUUCCACAAGCCGUUUCAUCUAAUGUACCAGAGGAAUUAACUUUAUCACAACAUGUAACCCCUUCGAUAGUUCAGGUAAUACAAACCAUUCCUGUCACAACACAGCCAAUUGUCGUACAAACAAUUCCUACAACGACAAUUCAAACCUUUCAAGCAGAUAUAUCUCCUGCUGCAUCUCAAGAAACAGUAUUUAGAGAAAGAAAUGCGCCUUAUUUUAAUGCUGUUCCUGGAACAUUACAAAAUUUUUUACCACCUCAUUUACCAUAUAAUUUUUAUAACAUCUCUAAUGUGUCAGAGAAUGAAUUAAUAGGACCGAGGUAAAAUUGAUUCAUUUAAAUUUAAGUCACAGCGUACUAUAGGCCAGUUUGGAAUAUCAUGUGUUUAGUCUAUAAUUUUUUUUUAUUCUUUUCAAAUAAUAGAAAUAUAACAAAUUAUUUUUUAUUACGUAUUCAAAAA